AUGAAUAUUUUCAAUGCCGUGGUUUCAUUGGUUCAUGAAAAGACCAGCACUCCCAAAUCAGUUGACUAUUUGCACAGUUAUAGACCAGGAUACUAUUAUUGUAAGGAAUCAACCAAAUUAAAAGAAGGUGAUCACAUCACAAAAGACCUGAUUGAAGUAGUACAGAAUAAAACAAGGAUGAUGCUUCAAUCUGACAAUAUUGAUCAAUAUCUCAAAGAGAAUGAAACAAGCCUAGUUGUCAAACAGCUUGUGAUGAUGUUUGGUGCUCUACUUCUUACAACUGUGAUCAUGAUCAAAACCAAAUCAAUGAUUCCAGUUGCAAUAUCUGGAUCAAUGGCAGUUGGAAUCAGACUGUUUUACGAACUAUCAUUUAGUGAUGAACCUGGUAAGAGACUUGUUAUUGUAGCACUAACACUUGUUAUUGUAUCAGUAAUAUGCUGUUUCAUAGACCUGGCCAUGAACACCUUGCUACUCCUCAUGUUUGCAUUCACAUCAUCAUUCACAAUACUGUUAUUCACAGGAGUAACAGCAAAUCAGGUUGAAUUCACUAAUGGAUUAUGGUUCAAUAUCUUAUCAUAUGAUCAUUUGAUGAAACAAGGAAUAGAAUUCAACUACAACAAGUGGCUUAUAAUACUGGGAAUAUUGACUAUGAUCAGCAUAUUCUUCAAUAUUUAUACAGCAAAGAGAACUAAGAAGAAAACCCCAUUAAGAAAGUGA